GUAUCUGAAAGUCGGAAGAUCAUUUUUAGUUGAAAGUUUUAAAUGGUCUGAUGUUGAGGAACAAUCGUUUUAUAAGAAGCAAACAGCUGAUUAUUUAUUGAAAGUAUGGGGGCUCAAGUUUCUCAAACGGACUAUGAAUGGGUGUAUACGGAGGAACCACAUGCAACACGAAGAAAAGAGAUAUUGGCUAAAUAUCCAGAAGUAAAAAAGCUGAUGGGACAUGAACCUCGAACAAAAUACAUUGUGGCAGCUGUGGUGUUAUUCCAGAUUCUCAGUUUAUAUUUGAUAAAGGAUGCAUCGUGGGUAACAGUGGUCAUAUUAGCAUAUUGUCUUGGUGGGACAAUAAAUCACUCUUUAACCCUUGCUAUUCAUGAAAUAUCACACAAUUUAGCAUUUGGUCAUAGCUAUCCUUUGGCCAACCGAAUUUUAGGAUAUAUUGCCAAUUUGCCACUAGGAGUGCCAAUGUCAGUAUCAUUCAAGAAAUACCACCUUGAGCAUCAUCGUUACCAAGGUGAUGUGGAAAGAGAUGUAGAUAUUCCAACAGAACUAGAAGGAAAAUUUUUCACUCGUACAUGGUCAAAACUAGUAUAUUGUUUGCUAAUGCCCUACUUCUACACUAUUCGACCACUGUUUAUACGACCAAAACCUCUCACAGGUUUAGAAAUUAUUAACAUAAUUAUCCAAGUAGUAUUUGACAUUUGUAUUUAUUACUUGUGGGGUAUUAAACCUGUAUUUUACAUGAUAGCAGGAACAUUAAUGGGAACUGGAUUACACCCAUUGUCUGGACAUUUUAUAGCAGAGCACUACAUGUUCAUCAAAGGCUGUGAGACUUAUUCAUAUUAUGGACCAUUGAAUUACCUAACCUUCAAUGUAGGCUAUCACAAUGAACACCAUGACUUUCCGUAUAUACCAGGAUCAAGACUUUAUAAGGUGAAAGAAAUUGCCCCAGAGUAUUAUGAUAAUUUACCCCAGCAUUCAUCUUGGUGUAGAGUGAUCUUCAACUUUAUAACUGAUCCAUCCAUAGGACCAUUCUCUCGUGUCCGUAGAAGAAUGAAAACAGACUAUGAUGAGAAACAUACAAAAGACGUCCAAACAGAAAAUGGAAAGACACAUGCAGAUUAGAAGAAGUAGAAUUUUUCAUCUUGUUAUCAUAAAUUGUCAUCAUUGCUUUUUGUCAUUAUUGUAUAUAAGGUAAUUAAAGAAAGAUUUGAUACGAUAACAAAUAAAAAAGCAGUACAUGUAUUAAAAGUCUUUAGGAACAACAAUCCAGUAAGACAAGCGUUUUCAGAAGGACUUUUUUGAAAAAAAUGUAAUAAUUCUGGUUUAAGAUUGUAUUUUCAAGUAGUGCAAAGGAAUCACAUGUAAGUUUACAUUGACAAUAACAUGCAUGAUAUUAUUUAAUAUAAGAAAGUUGGUAUUUUAAUAUGAAACUCCCAUUAAUAAAUACCUUAGAGAAUAUCUUACAGUGUAUGCAAUAUAGGAUGUCAUGCAUUACCCAUAUUUAAAAGUUAAUAUUCAAAAUGUUUUGGUUGUUAUCAUUGCUGAUGUUACCUAAAGUCACAACUCUUUUAUCAAAUAUAUGUACAUGUAUUAUAGAGGCAUUGUGUUCAGUGGACACAGGUAUUCUUGUUUUAUGUUGGAACUAUUGUUUUGAAGAAAAAAAUGUAACAAUAUUGUUUUAAGUUGUGUUUGAUUUUCAGCAUUUUUAUUCAUUUUACAAGAUUUUCAACAUUUUGAAACUGUUAUAGAUGCUAUAGAAAUAUUUUAGUGCUGACAUUUUUAUGAUACUUGAAUCUUUGUCACAAUUUAUAAUUACAAUAUUUGAUGUUGAUAUAGACAGUUACUGGCAUGUUUACUCUGGUAAUCAAAUUUUUGUUUUAAGUAUUACGGCUUUGAAAAUCCAUUAUGAAUAUGUAUUUAGUUAAAUAUUGUUUUGAGGGGGCGGGAAGUGGAAGCCAUGAGGGGAAUAGGGGGAGUAAAAAAGGGAUAACCUGGGAAAAAUGUUUUUUGACUGAUUUUGUCUUGGGAGUAGCUAUAGGGGGAAUGUAAGUUGGAAUCAGGAACCCCCUGUCCACCCUUUCUGUUUAAGUCUAAUAGGAUGGCUUUACUCAGGUGAAAUAUGUAAAAAUUGCAGACCAAUUUAUUUUAACAUUUGAUUUAUAAUGAAUAUAUAAGAAAAAAACAUCAACUUGUACAAUGUUGUAUAACUGCAUUUUAAAACAAAAAAUUAUAUAGUUAAACAUAAUAUUGACCCUAAAAAAUGACAGUUUCAUCAUUUUUUGUUCAAAUGUUUUUGCAUAAUCAUGACAAUUUUAAAAAAUGAGAACAACUAGUGAAAAAAACAACAAAAAAGGAAUCUUGAAAAUGGACUUACUUAAUUAAGAAAUGAAGCUUGUUUAUAAUGUUUCGUAUAUCCUUUAAGAAAUUGGAUUAAAAUCCACACAACUUGAAAUUGUCAAUAUUCUAAGAAAUUUGUUGUCAAAAAGUUUCUUAGUAAGAUUAUGAUUGAUUUUACAGGCAUUUAAAUUGUUGAUAGGCACAAUUUUGAAGUUCUUUCAGUCUUUAUGUUGGACUCUUUCAGGAAUAAAUGAGAUGCAAAUGAAAAAUAAAGGGGAGGGUAUUAUAUAUAUAUUUUUUAUUAUAACCUCAUUCUUGUUUUUGAAUUAUUUUACUUCACUUAUUUUUUUUUAACUAGAUCUGAGAGCAUACAUCCAUCUGUAUUCCAUUAUGUUCCAUAAAAAAAUUAUCAAUGAAUUGAUCUCUACAGAAUUUAAACCAUGUGUUUUAGUGCAUAAUGUUUUUUAAGAGGGAGGAUAAGGUAAUAGCACAUUUUUGAAGGAACUAUAUGAUAUUCAGGUGAUGAAAAUAUUUUUUUCAUUUUUGAUUUAUUUGUUUCUUCUAAUUUUUGUAAAUUGAAGGAUUAUUAAAGCCAGGUAAAUGUCUAUGUUAGUUAGUUUCCAGUAAAACUAAAAGCUUAUAAACAAGGUAUUCUGUCUGCAUGUUGUUAUUAAACAUUUUUAGUUUCAAUUUAAUAUACAUUUUUUUCCUUUAACUUAACUUUUUCUAAUGCAGAAUAAAAUGAUUGUAUUUAGAUGGCCCAAAUUUAAUUACACUUGGAUGCUAUAAUCUCUGCAUUGUUUCCUUUUUGGUGAAAAUAUCUAAGAGACUGCAGCUGUUCUUUUUGAGUAAACAUUUAUGUGGAAAACAUCAUUAUGUUACUAUACACAUACAUGAAAUAUCCAAGAAUCUAUGAUGAUUGUAAGUUAGCAGUACAGAGUCCUUCCCCCUAUUUUAUCAUGUGCUUUCAAAGAUUGACAGUCAACUUAUAUUUUAUCAAAUGUAUCUAUCAUUACCACAAAAUUUACUAUAUACAAAUAUCUUGCACUGCUACGCUGCUAGAAAAACAAAAUGCGCCUGGUCUAUUAUCUUUUUUAUCCGAUACUUUACCAGCAUUAUAAUUAACGUACCCCUGGUAUAUAUUUUUUACGUCUUUGUUGGGUCAUCUCGCCAGAGGUUAGUCAAUUCAUAAGGUCACAGUUCCAGUACAGGAAUAAUGGCUAUAUGUAUAAUAAAGGGUCAGAAAAAAAUACAAUUGUAACAUGAUAGAACUAGAAAUCAAAAAGGCAUGUAUUCAAUGACAGUCAUGUGGAAAUAUCAAGCCCAGUUUGUUCAAAAAUUUCAGUAGGGACAAAUCAAAAUUUCCAGGCCAGUAGGUUAUUGUAAAAGGUAGUCCUUGGACAAGUAAAGAAGUUUGACAUUUCCACACCCCUGAAUGAUUUAGUUACCUUGCCAGGUCUGUGUCUGAAAAGUUUUAUAUUUAUUCAUCAUUGAUAGAAGUGAUCUUUUAUUAUUUAUAUGGUGCAUUUUUGUCACUAUUUAUUGUCCAUUCUUGAACUUGUAGUAAUCAUAUCAUUCGAUCACUCCUGUCACGCUUCAGUGAUUCCCUAUAUAAUCAACCAAAUUUUUCCCACGAAAAGGCCCCCCCCCCCCCCCCCCUGGAUCUGCCUAUGCUUAUUUAUAUUUUUAGAAGCAUACUCCCAAAUAUUGUGACUGGUGAAAAAUGUCCUUUUAUAUUCAACCAGUGAAGAAAUCUAGUCUGUGUUUAUUUUUCCAGAUGUAAACAAUGGAAUGACCCUUUAUACUAAUCAAUGAAAAACAUUUUUUAAUUUACUUGCCGCUAUUGUAAAAACAUAUUGACAAAUGAUAUAUAUAUAAAUAUUACAUUCAAUAAAUAAAACAAAAGCAUUGAGUAAAAAUCACUUGCAAGUAUGACAAAUAUUUCAUACUAGUGCACUCACUGUAUUGGGUGAAAUUCCACUGGUUUGUGGCUAUAUUUAGUACAGAUAGAUGAAAUUUUAAACCAUGUAAAUGUUUUUUUCACAAUGAAAUAAUUUUACUUUUGCCAUACUGAAAUAAUGGUCAGACUUUAUUUGAAUUAGUCUAUUGAUUUUGAAAUUCAUGACUCAGUUAAAACUAUCCAUAAUAUUGUCAGUGUUAUGUUUGAUUUUUUGUCUGUACGUUUUAUUCUUAUUCAAGAGCAUAUUUUCUCAUAUAUUUUUAUAGCUUUAAAAAUUCUUUGUUAACGCUAUUCAUGAGGAGGAGUUGAUUACUGUAAUUACACUUGCUAUAACAAGUGGAUGUGUGUUGGUUAUGCAUAAAAGUUGUUUUUGAAUUAUUAAUAAAGAUUGCAUUCAA